ACAGCACUUCUCUAGAAGUUUAUGAGGAAAUAUGGAAAAUUACUGGGAACAGCAGUAGGAAAAAGCAGUGCAAGUAGGACGUUUGCCCUCAAGUGAGACCGAUUCCAUUAAAUGUACCAGAGCGCCGGUAGCACCACUGCACCAUGUGUGGCAUUUGGGCCCUCUUUGGCAGUGAUAACUGCCUUUCUGUUCAGUGUCUGAGUGCUAUGAAGAUUGCACACAGGGGUCCAGAUGCGUUUCGCUUUGAGAAUGUCAAUGGAUAUACCAACUGCUGCUUUGGAUUUCACCGGUUGGCAGUGGUGGACCCGCUGUAUGGAAUGCAGCCAAUUCGAGUGAAGAAAUUUCCAUAUUUGUGGUUAUGUUACAAUGGAGAAAUCUAUAACCAUCAGAAGCUGCAACAACAUUUUGAAUUUGAAUAUCAGACCAGAGUGGAUGGUGAGAUAAUCCUUCAUCUUUAUGACAAAGGAGGAAUUGAGCAAGCUGUCUGUAUGUUGGAUGGGGUGUUUGCGUUUAUAUUACUGGAUACGGCCAAUAAGAAAGUGUUCCUGGGCAGAGAUACCUAUGGAGUCAGACCUUUGUUUAAAGCUAUGACGGAAGAUGGAUUUUUGGCUGUGUGUUCAGAAGCUAAAGGUCUUAUUAAUGUGAAGCACUCCACAGUUCCUUUUUUAAAAGUGGAACCUUUUCUCCCGGGACACUAUGAAGUUUUGGACUUAAAGCCAAAUGGCAAAGUUGCGUCGGUGGAAAUGGUUAAAUAUCAUCACUGCACAGAUGAGCCUCUGCACGCCCUCUAUGACAAUGUGGGGAAACUAUUCCCAGGUUUUGAGAUAGAAACUGUGAAGAAUAACCUCCGGAUCCUUUUUGACAAUGCUGUUAAGAAACGUUUGAUGACAGACAGAAGGAUUGGCUGUCUUUUAUCAGGGGGCUUAGAUUCCAGUUUGGUUGCUGCCACCCUGUCGAAGUUUCUAAAAGAGGCCCAAGUCCAGUACCCUUUCCAGACAUUUGCCAUCGGCAUGGAAGACAGUCCUGAUUUACUAGCUGCCAGAAAGGUGGCAAAGCAUAUUGGGAGUGAACACCAUGAAGUCCUCUUUAACUCUGAGGAAGGUAUUCAGGCCCUGGAUGAAGUCAUAUUUUCCUUGGAAACUUACGACAUUACGACAGUUCGCGCAUCAGUGGGUAUGUACUUAGUUUCCAAGUACAUUCGGAAGAACACAGAUAGUGUGGUGAUCUUCUCUGGAGAAGGUUCAGAUGAACUUACACAGGGUUACAUAUAUUUUCACAAGGCUCCUUCUCCGGAAGAGGCCCAGGAGGAGAGUGAGAGGCUUCUGAAGGAACUCUACCUGUUUGAUGUCCUCCGUGCAGAUCGAACGACUGCUGCCCACGGCCUUGAAUUGAGAGUCCCAUUCCUGGAUCAUCGAUUUUCUUCCUAUUUCUUGUCUCUGCCACCUGAUAUGAGAAUUCCCAAGAAUGGGAUAGAAAAACAUCUCCUGCGAGAGACGUUUGAGGGCUCCAAUCUGCUGCCGAAAGAGAUUCUCUGGCGACCGAAAGAAGCCUUCAGUGAUGGCAUAACCUCAGUUAAGAAUUCCUGGUUUAAGAUUUUACAGGACUUCAUUGAACAUCAGGUUGAUGAUGCAGCGAUGGCAGCUGCAGCUCAGAAGUUUCCCUUCAACACCCCUAAAACCAAAGAAGGCUACUACUACCGUCAGAUCUUUGAACGCCACUACCCAGGCCGGGCUGGCUGGCUGACCCAUUACUGGAUGCCCAGGUGGAUUAGUGCCACCGACCCUUCUGCACGCACUCUGACCCAUUACAAGUCAGCCACCAAAGACUAGGCACAUUCUAAGCCAUAGAGUAAAAGUAAAUGUUUCUUCUUAUUCCGAAGGGCAGAGGGCUUGCGGGCUAGGAAGGGUAGCAAUGAGCGUCAUUCACCCCCGGGGGCGAAAAAAUAAAAGUCUGAAAUCUAAAACAUUGCU